ACAAUGUGAACGAGUGUUUAUUCUGGUCGACGGCAGACUAAGAGUCCGCAGAAGCCGAGCAGUCCCGUGUUUUGUCUGUGUGACGUAGACAUUAUGUGCUGUGUGCUGACGUAAGCAUUUUCCGUGUUUGUAUGUGGACUGGGAGUGGGGCAAAGGAACUUCUGCCGUGUCGCCAAGCAAAAUGGAUUGAAAAUUAAGAGCUGAUCCUAGUUAGAUGGAGCCGUCUAUGAUGACGUUUAUGGAGGGGGUGGGUGACGAGGUGAUCAUCGCCGGGGGAGUGGUACUGCUCGGCCUAGCUCUGGUACUGGCCUGGAUCUCUACCUACGUAGCCGACCGCGGAGACCAGAUCCUGGGGGCCAUCGUGAGUGCAGGAUCCCACUCCUCUCUGGUGGGGCUUGGGGGCCGGGAGAGAUACACGGGGGGCUCCUCCAGCUCCGAUCCCACGGAGCCCCAGCCCAUCAUGCAGAGCGCAGAGGACAAGCCAGAGGAGGAGGGGGAUUCAGAGACGGGGGCAGAGCAGAUCCCCAGCGAGGAGGCGCCUGAGCCCAGCAUCGACCAGCUGCUGAACAUCCAGGGGCUGCGCAAGAGGAGCGCCUCCGCCAGCGAGCCCAGUCUGGUGGGAGAACAGCCCGAGGAGACCAGCACCAACACCAGCCGCAGCGCGGACAGCAGCCUCUUCCUGGACGGGCAGAUCAGAGUGAGGCUCAAGUUCCUGAACGACACGGAGGAGCUCGCCUUAGUGAAACCGGACGACACCAUUGGGUUUCUGAAGAGCAAGUACUUCUCAGGACAAGAGCAGCAGAUCAAGUUCAUUUACCAGGGGCAGCUCUUGCAGGAUCAAGCACGGACCCUGCUGUCUCUCAACAUCAGCGAUAACUGUGUGAUUCACUGUCACAUCUCCCAGCCCCCCCGUGAGCCAGCCCCUGACCCCAGCGCGGCUGUGGAGCACAGCGGCAUGACCCUCAAUGUCGGCAGCCUCAUGAUCCCCAUGUUCGUGGUCAUGCUCGCCGUGGUCUGGUAUUUCCGCAUCAACUACCGGCAGUUCUUCACCGCGCCUGCCACGGUCUCUUUAGUGGGAGUCACCGUUUUCUUCAGCUUUCUCGUCUUUGGGAUGUACGGACGAUAAAAAAAAAACACCAACUAAACUGAGCGAGGGGUUGGUUAGGGGGGUGGGGUUUAUGUCUUUUCAUUGGCUUUAAAGCUCUCCAAUUGAUGGUACUGUAUAUGACUGGCCCACGAAGGUCCGCUUUCAUGUUUUGUUGGUUAACUCUGUGGCUCUCCGUUACUGUUGGACCACCCAGCAAGCGAUCUCUUGGAAGAAUGUAAUGGAUGACGAGGGCAGGGGGGUAGAAACAGAUUGUGGCUAUAGCUUUGUCGAAUUAGCUGUUGCUGAAAUGAAAAGCUUGUGGGUCAGGGUGGAGCACAGGCUCAAACGCCGUUCAGGAUGAGGAUUAAAGAACAGUGAACACACACACACACACACACACACAUUUUUGUAAUAAUGACCCCAAGUUGCAUGUGAAUACCAGCUGAGGUCAUAGUAAAACAUGAAAUGGCUUAAACUACUAGUCAGUGGUAAUUGUUUUUCUCCCUCUACCCUAAGAAUGUUGCUGUUGGUGCUGUGGAAGGCUUCAUGUAGUGUCUAAAAUACCACCCUAGAAAUGAUCAUUCAAGCGGCUUUGUUUCAAUGGCCUAUCCCCUAUCGGCAAAUCGCAUGCAAACUGCUGCCACCAUAAUAAAUGUAAUACACAGGCAAUUUAGAAUUUGAAAAUGUUGAAAAUUUGGCUGGAGAGCAUCUAGUUGUGGGCUGAAGCAGUUGCAUUGGAAUGUGGAAACACAGGUUCUAUAGAGAUGUUUUUGGAUUCAUUUUAAUUGAUUCUAAAUUCUGUUAAUCACUUAAUCAGGCCAAGUUCCAUUACAUAUAAAAACACUCUCAAUGCUAAAAAUGAUAACGCCUCUUGUAGUUUGAAAACUAUAUUGGUGUUUUAGUUGCCUAAAUACAAAACUUAAAAAAAAAAAAAAAAAAGAUUAUUGUGUUCACAGUAACAGCAUGGAUUAAUAAGCUGGGCUCCAAACAAGCUGGAAUGGCCAUUGGAGGGUUGAGUGUGUACAUUGGCCUUCCUUUUAAAUUCUUCAAAAUGAAUAAUGUGUUGAACCUUUUUUAGAAGGGGGAAAAAGGAAAACAAUAUUGGUUUUGUGAUGUAUUGUGUGGGUAACUGCCUCAGGCUGAUAUCAUGCUGUACAGGCUUUAAAUAUUUGUAACACAUUUAAUAAGCUACAGAAUACUGUAAGAUGGGUUUUACCAUUGGAAACGGCAACAUGAGCAGACCUACAUAGUAGAGAGUCAUUCUUGUAACAGGAACUUUUCAGCAUCAUCCAGUUCAGCGCUGCUUGGUGGCUGAAGGAGUUUUGGUAUAUUCAGUAUCAAGAUUAAAAUGGAAUACUUGUGUGGCUAGUGUUUUUUUUUUCUAAAUAAUUUGGAUUUUAGUGGGCCCUGCAGAAGCAACUAACAGUUUCAUUAAAAGUUGUGUUUUAAGCUUUACUUUCUAUUAUAAAACUAUAUAAUCGCAACUAAAAGACAUUGAGAAAGACUUGCAGUGGAAAUGUUUAUUAUAAUAUUACAACUUUGUCCUGUGCCACUGGUGAUGUUUUGUAUGAUUCUUUAUUUUAUAUUCUUGAGAAGAGUUGGGCUUCUGCAUCAUUUUUCUACAGGUAAAAACUUUGGAUGCACAUAGAAUAUAGGGAAACCAAAUUCUAUUGGAUCGUACCUGGGGAACAGAUACAAUCCUUAUUUGUGGUAAACCAGGUAAAGACCUGAAAUCAGAACCCAUAUUAAUGGGCGUUGUGUUUGGAAUACAGGUAGUCAGUCUUGCACCUUUGCCGAUUUUAGAUACAGAUUAAAAGACUAAGCUGCUUCAUCCCUGCACCUAAUUACUUCCUGUGCUCAGGAUCACACCAGCUCACACAGCUGCCAUAUCUGCCUGUGACAAAGCCCUGAUUACAGCAACACUUCCAAACGCAUCUGUUCAGGCUAUACAUUUCUAUUGAAAUCACUUGUCUAAGUGCUUGAUUGCCACUAUCCUGUCAUGGACUUGAUUUAAAGUAGUCAUCUUUAUAUUCUUCUUUUGAUUCUUUUAAAUUUGACAUUGAUUUUCGCAUGCAAUAUUCCAGUACUGUGGUUUACAAUGCGUCGCUAUAAAUGAUGAAACAUUUUGAAAAACCAAUGUAAAAUCUCCAUAAGACAGUCCUGUUUUAGUUCAAUGUUCAGUAAAUACUGUACUGUACUGUACCGUUUAGGAUUUUUAAUGUUCUGUUGAAAUGCUUUAAACCUAGUUGUCAACCUGAUCACAUCCAACCCUGCAGCUGAAUCCAAACCUUGAUGGUAUGAGACACACAGACUUGCUGUCUUGUUUAAAACUGGGGCAGGCUUACUUUGCUGGAUGCCUUGUCAAAGAAUUCGUUUCUUUGUUGUAUUUAUAGAAUGUAUUGCUUUGCAUAGUCAUGCUACCUAUUGCUUUAAAUUGCCUGCAACCUCUCGUUUUAUUAUUAUUUGAAGUAGUGCUUCUACAGAUGUAUUUUAGUAGUAGUGCAAUCAGGACCAAUGUACAGAUUCUAGCUUCAUAUUUAUUCUUAUUUUACACAAGAGCUUGAACUACAGCAGUUAUUAUCUGUGUAGGCCACCAUAGAUGAACACAGGUUUACCUGUUGCAUGGGAGCUGCUUAUCCAAUUGUGAUUAAACUUGGUAAAAAAAAAAAAAAGUGAAAGUCAGUUGGAAUUCAGCAACUCCACCUCUCUGGCUGCAUACAACCUUGGAGAACCACUUUAAAGAAGCCCUCUUCAGUGAGGACUGUGCUUACCCAGCACCUGCUCCCCCUCUGCCCCCAGCUUCAUCCACAAAAAAACAUGACAAGAUCAGAGCGGGGGUUAGGGACAAAGAUCUUGCUCUCCUGGCCCCUCGUUGUCACUAUUUUGGCAGCAGGAACAUAGCCUCAUAUGUACCCAGUUGAAGAGUAUCAAAAGCGGGGGAAGGAGAUGAGUACCAUGGCUUUCAAUGCUGAGGAGCUGGGCUGCAAUCCUGAUUUGCUCAAUUCAGAAAUUAAUUGACUGGUUUCAAAUGAAGUGGCUUGACAGCAGAUAUACCUUGUAACUAAACACUAAGUAACUCUGGCACAGGGUGAGGAUUAGUGUGCAUUGGCAAAGCUUUGGUAAGAAGCAAGCCCUUCACACUGUGCCUGCCUGCAGUCAGCCCCUCAUCUAGCUGGAGCACCAAACCACAGAAGAACCAGGAGGAUUUAAAGAGCAUUUUUUUCACUUUCCCCUUUGCCUUUUUGUAUGGCACAUAUGCUGGCCGGUUGUGUUGAUCUAAUAUUGAGUUAUCAUUUUCCCUGUAUCUGUGAGCUUGUCUGUAAAAUGUGUAAGUGCCUGGGCUGAACAGACUACAUCCCUAUUCACUCACUCUUUGUAGAUUAGGUGGGGCUGGUAAGGUUGAAUGGUCACAUCAUCACUUGUGAAUAAACAAGGCUGUUCCAUGCUAGGCAGUUAGGAGUCUCCAGACAAGUUCAAAGCCUGGUGAAAACUAAAUACUGGAGCAUCAAACCCCAGAACCACUCCAUAUAAUUGGAAAAAUCAUAAAAUGAGAAGGGAAAGGUGUACCAAAUAAAUACAAUGACAUGGACUGCUACCUGCUUUAGCUUAAGGGGAAAAAGUUAAUUUCAUUUUAAGUUAUGUAAUAAAACUGUUAAUUCUGUUCACAAUGCACAUUUUUAAAACCCCCAAAGUGCCCCAACUCACCUCUGCAAAAAAAAAAAAAAAGGUUAUUGAUCCUAAGAAUAUUAACAUUUAGUAGCAAUGCCUGCAACAACUCAGUAUAAAG